AUGCCACGAUCGCAAAAUUCCAUCGACUUAGAACUCAAUCCCCUCUCCCCAAUCCCAGACCAGGACUCCGAUCCUGAUCUCCCUCUCACAAUGUCCGCGCCACAGCCUAAGCCGCGCUGGCUGGACCCCAGACCAUCAACAUACCUCUCGCGCAUAACAUCGUCACAUUAUUUUCAGCGCUUCGUACAUUCGCUUAGACCGCGUUUUACAUGGCGCUACGUUACUUUUUCUACUAUAGGCCUUUAUGUGCUUUAUUGCUUUAUUACGUGGCAGCCCUUCUUUUCUUCACGACUACCGUCUUACUCUGGACCUCAUGACGUCGGAGCCAUAGAUCUCGAGAUCCCACUUCCUAAGCCGAAGCGCAUUUCGGACACCACGCUUAAAGAAAAUGGGAAAUACGCAUUCGAGGUAGAAAGCGUGCUUUUUACGGUUUAUUAUCCAUCCAUCAAAGGCGCAAAGAGUAAUGUUGCGUUACAUCCCUGGGUUCCGAAACCCAUGGGUCUUACAGCAGAAGGCUACGCGCGCGCAGCAGGCGUGAACAAUUUCCUCAUCAGACCGAUCUUUACGUUUGCGCUAUGGUUAUUUGUCGGCAGUAUCAAGAUCCCAGCGCAGGUCGACGUCCCUCUUCUGGAUGAUACGUCCAAGUUCCCUGUUAUGGUCUUUUCGCAUGGUGCUGUGAGUUCGAGAACGGAUUACACUCAUUAUCUUGGUGAACUGGCUAGUCGCGGGCAUGUCAUCGCUGCGCUUGAGCAUCGCGAUGGAAGUUGUCCUGGGACCAUGGUUCAGAUCAAGGGUGAGAAGGAUAGACCUGUCUUUUUGCUCAAGCAGAAGGAUCUUGUCUCUGAUCCGCCUAUGAACGAUACCAUUCUCAAGAAAGAGCAACUCGCCGUGCGCACUGAAGAGAUCCUGCAGACAAUCCGCGUUCUGCAAGACAUCAAUUCCGGCAAAGGUUCCGAGAUCUUCACCUCGAGCUCUCGUCGCGAGGGUAAGACGCUAGAUGCGUGGUCCAACCGUCUCGACUUCAAUCACCUCACCAUCAACGGCCACUCCUACGGCGCAACAGGCGCGCUCCAGGCUCUCAAGACCGCAAACACAACAUCCACAAACCCCGCCAUCGGCGGCAUCGCUCUCGACCCCGGCAAGUCCAGCGGACAACUCAACACCGAGAUCCCCGUCCCUCUGCUCGUCGUGCACUCCAACUCCUGGUCCAAAAAACACAGCGUCUUCUUCGGCCGCCCGCACUUCGACACCGUCGCCGAUCUGGUCCGGGGCGUACGGGACAAAGUCGGCGCAGCAUGGUUCCUAACGAGCGUUGGAACAGCGCAUCCCAGCGUGACGGAUGCGCCGCUUCUUCAACCACUGCUGCUGAACUUUGCUACGGGUGCUACUGCCGACGUGCGCAAGGCUUUGGGCGAGUAUGUCAAGGUGACGCUGGACUUCCUGGAUUAUACAAGGACUAGUAAGAAGGAUGGUGUGCUUGAUGAGGCGGUUACGCAUGAGGAGUAUGGGAAGUGGGUUAGUGAAGAGAGGGAGAAGAGUUUUCCUAAGGAAUAUGCUAAAUAUUGGGAAGUACAUGUAAGCCCUCUCAAUCGGAAGUAG